UCUUAAUGGCCCUCCCCUCCAACAAAACCGUCAUUCUCUACUUAUAUGACCUCCGUGUUUCCUCCGCGAACAGCCCCGGACGUGACCUCCCAUGAAAUCCGUGUGCAGCUUAUCGUCUUUCUCUGCAAGAUCUCGACCUACCUUGCUUGGUGCUUUCCCCCCUUCUUUCUGUCCUGUAGCCUGUCUCUCAGCUUGCCCACGACAAUCCGUUUGCUUGUACUUAUCCAACAAGCAACUUUUUCUUCUUGGGUAACCACUCCGUCGGGGAACCCCCAACAUUCCACGCCUGACUACAAGUCUCUGCCAAUCUCAACGCAAGCCUUUCUAAUACGUUAGCGUUUCCUACCCCGACACCAUUGGCUCAUACUCGAGUGGCACGACCAUCCCACGGGAAAACUUCAAAUCACACCACGGCAUUCGGCGUCGGUCACUCGUCACUUUGUGCCCGGUCGCUCUAGCAAGACUUCUGUGUCUCUCCAACCAGAACACUGCGCAUAUCCUUGGUCGUCAGAAGCAAGUUGCCUUGUUUGGUCCCAACGCCGUUGUACCACCUAGCCGUUUCGGCCAGUAGCUUGCCUCCCGGUCGAGGCUCCCCGGUUCUAGAAUCCGACACCUGCUAUCUCUUGUUGAGCCUGAAGGGAACUAAUACCGCUGUAACCGGCCCGGGUCUUCUGCGUUGCAUCAGACAUUAGCUCCGGUCAAAGGGGUCUCAUCUAAUACUUGACACUUUGGUUGAGCCGUUCCAGCUGCGCAGGCCUCAGCUAGUUCCCGCCCACACGACACGCGUAUACAAAGGCGGCAAGCAAGGCAAUAACUGCUGCUGCUCUUUACCAUAUUGAUCUAGUUGAUACCCCUCUUCGACUCUCGUUGGGAUUCUGGCUGAAUCGCCAUUAUUUGACCACAAUGGCGUUCCAUGACCGUGAGUACCCGGAUACAGCCGCGCACAGCCAAGGACAAGGCCAAGUUCCAACCCGGAAGUCGCUGACGCAAUGCAACGUCUCCUUGGACAUAGAAAACAAAUUUCUGUAUGCUCUCAGCUCGAACCAAGCAUGGGCCGGGUAUAAAUCGCAUCAGAACCCGGCAUUUUUUAAGAACCUCGCUUCAGGACAGUCGCCUUCGAUCUUGUGGCUAGGGUGCUCUGAUUCGAGGGUGCCAGAGACAACAAUCCUCGGGCUCCAGCCCGGCGACGUCUUCGUCCACCGCAACAUUGCCAACAUCGUCGCGCCCACCGACAUCAACACCUCGGCCGUCAUCGAAUAUGCUGUCGCUCACCUCAAGGUCAAGCACGUUGUUCUUUGCGGCCACUCGGCCUGCGGCGGAGCCAAGGCUGCCCUGGGCGAUUCGCGUGUCGGAGGCGUCCUCGACACCUGGCUCACGCCCCUGAAGGCAGUUCGCGCCCAGAAUGCCGAGGAGCUCGCAGGCAUCAAGAACGAAGACCUCCGGGCUGUCCGGAUUGCCGAGAUGAAUGUUGAGACUGGAGUCAAGGUCCUUAUGGCCAACGUUACUAUCCAGGAGGCCAUCAAGGAGCGUGGUCUCACAGUACACGGCUGUAUUUUCGAUAUCGCUAGUGGCCGUAUCCGAGACCUAGGGUUCGGCACCAAAACCCCGAAGGGUCAUCGGAGCAGCAGUAUCAUCUCCAAUGGCGAGGAGGAAGAGAUUGUUCGCGGAAAACAUGCCCAGCUUGUGUUCCGCGACGGAGGGGAUGCGUCCAUGCAGGUCCACUGAGGGCCAGAGAACGGUGCGCCAUCAACGACAUAUGGGAGAUUCUCUUGCACCCCCGAUCUGUCUAAGCUGGCAGUGGACAUC